AUGGAUAUACGCAACAAGCUAACGUUGGCGCCCCCGGCCCCUACUUCAGAUCUAUCAAGCAGUGUCAUCACACCAAGUGCCACCGCUGCAGGCAGGCCAUUCCAUUAUUUGACGGGUGGGCCAUCGGUAUCUCCAGCUUCGCACCUUGCACUUAGCUACGUCAUGCAGAACUCCGAAAUUGUCGAAGAUGUCAAGAACAAAGCAGCUCUAUCUUUUAUACUGACGUCAUCUGAUUCAGAAUCGGAUACUGAAAGAUUCAAAACUAAGCAUGGAUCAAUGACUGUAGUCACGCCUACGAAUCGCAAAUGUCUAGGAAAAUCGACUCGUUCCAAUGCUGUUUUACCUGGUCGAAAGGGUAGCAAGUAUUGUUCGGUUGAAGGAUGCACUAGUCGCGCCAAACACGCAAAGCGAUGCUGGAAACACGGUGGCUCGGUAAAAUGCAAAGUGCUUGGUUGUGUCAACCGUGCCAAGUCCAGAGGUGCCUGCUGGUCGCAUGGUGGUGGCACUGUGUGCUCUCUCGAGACGUGUGAGACCAUUUCAGUGUCCAACGGGUUUUGUUGGGCUCAUGGUGGUGGCAAACGCUGCCAAGUACCACAUUGUUCGAAGCCAGCGUAUGAGCGCACACUGAACUAUUGUCAAACGCACUUUGAUGAACUGAGUACCACUGAUCCUAGAGUGUGA